AUGGCAACCAUGGAAAUGCACUCAUUGGGCUCGCGCUCCCUGAACCACGCGUCCGCCGAUACAGAAGCCGAGUACGACCGUCUCCGAGACCUUGCGCGCCAGGAGGCUGCGAAGCGGUCCUCAUGUUUCGACCGCGCGCAUCAAGCAUACGAAUCCGGCGAUGGAGCGCGUGCUCACGAGCUCUCUGAAGAGGGCAAAGCCCAUGCAGCGAAAAUGAACCAGUACAACAACCAGGCGCGCGACUACAUCUUCAGGGAAAACAACGCCGAGGGCCGCGUGGCUGGCGAUACCAUUGACCUCCACGGCUUGUUCGUAGAAGAGGCCGAGGAUGUUCUGGAAGAGAGGAUUAGGGUUGCCAGACAGAGGGGAGAAAGCCAUCUGCAUGUCAUUGUGGGCAAAGGCAACCAUAGCAGGAACCAUGUCCAGAAGAUCAAGCCGAGAGUUGAACAAGUGUGCCGUGAAUUGGGAUUGCAGUACCGCACCGAGGAGAACGAGGGCAGGAUCUUUGUAAACCUCCAAGGUGGAGAUGUCCACGAGAUGCCACCGCCUCCCCAGGCACCGAGCUAUGGUGGUUACCCAGGGCAGCACGGCGGUCAACAUGGCGGUCAGCACCAUGGAGGUCAGCCGCAGCAUGGUGGUCAACAGCAUGGUGGCCAGCAACACCAUGGUCAACAGCAGGAUAACAACGAUGAGAUUGAGCAGAUGGUCAAGAAGGGCUUGCCUAAGUUGCUCAAGAUGCUCAAGUGCUGCACAGUCAUGUGA